AAGUCUUUGUGGCACUGGAGCAGAAGAGGCUGAGGUCACUGUCCCUGCCGGAGUCGGCCCCUGGUUGGACUGGUAUUCCCCCUCGAGUUCCCCCCCACCUCAGCUGGACUCUGCAUGCGUUUGGCCCACACGAUAAGCUGUCUGUGGAGAUUAAGGGCACAUUGAGAACAUCUGCUUUUGAAGGUUACAGAGCUGCUGAGCCAUGGCUGACUUGGAUAACAAUCUCAGUCUCGCAGACGCCCUGACAGAGCCACCACCAGAGAUUGAGCCAGAAAUAAAACGGGACUUCAUUGCCACUCUGGAAGCGGAGAAAUUUGAUGAUGUGGUUGGCGAAACAGUGGGCAAAACCGACUAUGUCCCUCUCCUGGAUGAUGAUGAUGCAAAGGCUGGGAACCAGGAUCAAAAAUCCAAAUCCCACACAGAAGGUGUUCAGGUGCAACGUAGCUCUGCUUCCGGACCAGCGGCUGUAUUGGAGAAUGGUGACCAUGGCAUAGGAGACUACAACACAGUACCCCACGGAGGGAUCAUGGAUGAGAAGUUGUCCCACAAAGAGUUUAUGGAUCACAAAGAGACCUGGGCAAUGGAAGAGAGAGACCUCUGCUUUGAACCGCAGGCACUGUUCGAGCCCAUGGAGGCAACAGAGCCUGGUCUGAUGUAUAGAGAAGUUGACCUGUCUGAUCUGAUAAUUCCUUCUGAAACACAGAAUUUUCCACCACUCGCCGAACAUGUAGAAGCUUCUAAAGAAGUUCAUGCACCCUACGCAGCUAUGGUGGGAUCAGAGCAACCUUCCUCCAAAGCCGCAUAUUUUGCUGCAGAAGCUCUAGACUCAUCAGCCUUCUCUAUGGACUCAGCUGCAGAAUAUCUGCAGGAAAGAGCAGCACCUGCAAGAGACAGAGUGCUUGAAGAACCUUGGUUUGGAAGUCAGUACGCUGAGGAGACACCAGAUGCCUCGUUCUUUGAGUCAGCAGUGCCCAUCAGGAUACCUGAUGCAGCAGAGCAAUGUUUGCCAGAAAGUUCAAUAGCAGAUGCUCCUUUUCUAGUAGCGGAGCCCACGGAAGAGACCAAAACUACUGCUGCACCCCAGGAAGCCACACCAGCAGGUCCUGUAGCAGAUUCUGGGUCUGUUCCUGCUCCUGCAGCCUUGGCUUUUACAGCAGAUUCGUGGGCUGCUCCUGCCAUGGAUGCCGGGACUGCUCCUGCCAUGGAUCCUUGGAGUGCCGGGUCAGCUCCUGCAGCUGAUCUUUGGUCCCUUCCUGCAGCAAAUGCUGCGUCUGCUCCCACCAUGGAUUCUUGGGCAGUUUCCGCAGCAGAUCCUUGGGUGGCUCCUGCAGUGCCUGUCCCUGCAGCAGAUGCUGGCUCCUCACCUGCAGCAUGUGUCCCCACCACCGAGGCUGGGGCUGUUUCUGCCAUGGAAGAGCUACUGACGUUUGACCAUUCCAUUGAGCAGCAAGGGCCAGCUCUUCAUAUGCCUCCAGCAGAAUCUUCAGCACCUUUUGUGAUCAAGGAACAAGAAGUUCCAGUCCCAGAAGUGUCUGUUCCUGGGGCAGAACAUAUUCCUGUGCUAGCGAAGCUGGGGGACAAAAUACCAUCACCCACCCAACAUCUUCCAGAGCCAGUCACCUGUGUCCCAGAGCCAGCAGCAGAAGCAAAAGAACCAGUGACAAUAGCAGAAGCUAAAGAAACUCUUCCAGAAAAAUCGGCUCCUUUAGGUGACUUCGCCCCAGUAGAGAAGCCAAAGGAAGAACCUGAAAAUGGUCACGUACAGCAUUUGGAGCCAGUGCAUGAUAAACCUCCCCAGGAGCCUACAGGUGUACCUACUGCACAAGUAAGGCAAGCUAGCAAAUCAAGUGAACGCAGGUUUGGCAGAACAGUGCCUUUUGCAGAUGUCCCAGAGGAGCUUCUAGUAGGUCUCCCUCACCAGAAGAGCACUGACCCUUUUUCUGUGGCAGAAUGUGGAUACGUCACUGGAAUGCCAUCUCGAACCAGAACGCCACAUAAAAAGGCAGCUGGACAGUUAUCUAGUGUGCCAUCCGAGUUUGUGGACAGCCAGAGAGACGUGCAGAGAGAGAGCUGGGAUUCUGAAGGUUCUCCAGUGAUUAUAAAGAAGAAGAAGAAGAAACCAAAGCAAAAGAGGAGCCAGCAACCAAGAACAGCGGAGCUGGGGGAAGAAAAUGUAGAGACUUCCAAAUGUCUCAAGGCUCCUCCAGUUGUUCUUGAACUGCAAAAGCCAGAGGUGUUCUUCCCCCUACCUGCUGAAGAGCACUUGACUGUCUCAAGGGAGUGGCAAGGAACGGGAGCUUCUGACAUGGCGAGGAAUACAAAGACAGAAAGCAAAAGCCGCUUCUUAGAUAAUCCAGAUGUGGUCUCUGGUUCAGCAGGAGGGCGGCAGGAAGAACUACUUAAACUCCCACUGCAUGCAAAAACUGGAGAAGUUGUCAAAGCGGAGGAAAUGAAAGAUGAUAGCUUGAUGCUGCAAUCCAAAGGCAGAAGAAAACGGGUACCCUUGGAGCAGCCAGGGUGCAAAACAGAACAGACUAAGAUGGGGGAACCCAGCUCGGCACCGAUACAGCCCAAGCCAUUGGAGAGAAGUCCUGUUGAUAAAAAUGAAAAGAUGGAGUAUAAAGAGUUGAAGUAUUCUGACCUCAAGGCACCUCUUUCAGAAAGCAUCAGUCUAAAUCAAGUGGAAAGUCCUUCAGAGGCCAAACCUGCAGAAAUCUUCCCUUCUGAUAAAAGUCAGGAGGCUAAAUACACAUCUCCCAAGGCUGGAGAAGCAAAUGUGACUGUUCCAAGUGAAAUUCAAACUCCCAGUGGGGCUUUGAUGGAUGAGAAACCAAAGAAAAAAGGUAGUGAUGGAAAAAACAAAAAAGCUGAAAGUGGGUUCUCCAAGCAGGCCACUAUUUUAGACACCAAGGCACAGAUGACUAAACUCCCUGAUGUGCUGAAGACAGGUGACAAAAUUGAAGGAACAGAUUCCUCUGCUAAAAGCACGCAGGUUGGCGUUAGCACUUCAGAGGAGUUAUUGAAGGCUACCACAGACAUAACCAAAGGACCCUUCCUACCACUGGUAGAAGAGAAACCCAAGGAGGAUACUGCUGCGGAAAGCUGGAAGGCUGACGUCAGUUUUUCAGAACAGCCAUGCCUUUGGGAGACCAAGACUGAUGCAGUCGAACUCCCUGCUCCUGCUCCUCCUCAACCAGGUGACAAAGCUACAGGGGCACAUGUCACUGAAAGCAAGGAGACUGGGUUCACUGCAUUGGAACCACAGACUGUGACAGACCCCAGCAUAGCCGUGGUGAUGGACAAACCCAAAAAAAAGGGUGGUGAAGGGAGAAGCAAGAAGAUCAAAAGUUCCUCUGAGCUACCAGGUCUUUUGGAGGCUACAGAUACCAGCCAAGUUACUGCUGUAGUGGAGACAGAUGACAAAACUAAAGACUCGAGCUUUAUUGAGAGAGGGAAGGAAACUGCAGAGCAUUUAUUAGAGAAGAUAACAUAUCCUAGUGCUCCAAAAGCAGCAGACAAGCCAAAGAAAAAGACCGGUGAUGGAAAAAGCAAAAAGGUUGAAAAGACUUAUUUCCAACAGCCGAUCUUUCUGGAGGCAAAGGCAGACCCCAGUGGUCUGUCUGCUGUCGUAGAGACAGAUGACAAAACUAAAGAAAUAAGUUUUGAUAAUAAAAGCAAGGGAAGUGGUUUAACUACUGUAGAACGUCUGCUGGAAGGCGGCACAGAUGCAACUCAAGUGCAAGGUCCCACUACACUGGUAGCUGAAAAAUGGCAAGAGGAUAUUGCUGGAAAAGGUGACUUGAGCUUGUCAGAGCAAACCUUUGUUUUGGAGGCUAAGACAGAUACAGCCAGAUUUCCUGCUAGUUCCGAGAGAGUUGGUAAAACCAAGGGAGGAAGUGUGACAGAGAAGAACAAGGAUUCUGAAUUUAGUGUAUUAGAGCAACCGCCUGUGACAGGUUCCAGUGCGACGCCUGUGAUGGACAAACCUAGGAAGAGGGGGAGUGAUGGGAGACGGAAAAAAAGUGACAGAAGUGCUUUUGAGCAGGCUCUUUCUCUGGAAACUAAAGUAGAGGCACGUAACCUUCCUGCUGUAGUGCAGACAGCUGAAAAACCUAAAGACACAGCCUUUGCUGAUAGAGGCAAAGAGUCUGACUCGAGUACAGCAGAGCGUCUGCUGGAGAGUUUGACAGAUACAGCCAAGGUGCACGUUCCUAUUGCUGAACCGGUGCAGGAGAAACCUAAAAUUCAGGGUAGUGAUGGCAAAAGCUUAUGUGAGAACUUGGGUCCCUCAGAUCCUAAAAUGGACCCAGCAAAGCCAGAGAUAGUCAUCCAAAGUAAAGAAACUCUUCCCAUAGAGAAGGGCAAGGAGCCUGAUUUUGCUGUGUUAGAGCCCCUCGUGGAGGAUAGGACAGAUAUAGCUAAGGCGCAUGCUCCCAUUCCAGAAGUGAUGACUGAAAAACCUAAGAAAAAGGCUGUCGGUGUAAAAAGCAAAAAAGCUGAGAGCAGGCCUGAGCCUCAUGCUGCUCUGGAGGCAAAGAUGGACCAAGGCAAAAGUCCCAGGAUGGCAGAGAAGGUAGAUGCUACUGGUAAGGUCAAGGAGGUUGAUUUUGCUGCUUUAGAGAGUCUGCUGGAGGAUUUAACUGAUACGGCUAAAGUUCAAGCUCCCAUUAUGCUGCUGGAAGUGGAAAAAAACGAAUUAGCUGAUAAGGGGAAAAGUGCAAAAGCUGAGGUUGGUUUAGAGCAGCCAUUCUUUCUGCAGCCUAGGGCAUGUGCAGCCGGGCUUUCUGGCAGCAGUGCAGAGACAGGUGACAAAAUGACAGGAGUCCCUUGCCCAGAAAAGAUCAAGGGGGUGGGAUUUACUCUUUUCGAGUAUCCAGCCAUGGCAGAUCCCAGUCCAGGACUGGUGACUGAUAAACCUAAAAAGAGGGGGAGUGAGGGAAAAAACAAAAGGGUUAAAAAUGCCUCGGACCAGCCAGUUGUGGAGACUAAGCCAGACAAGAGACAAGUGCAGCCUCCCCUUGUCGCAGAGCUGGAGUAUACAAUGGAGGAAAUGGGGUUUGUAGAUGAAAACAGAAAUAUCAGAAACUUUCCACCUGGGCAUCAGAUGCCUUGGGAUGAUAAAGUGGACUUGUUCGCACCAUUCACGCAGGCUGGAGCAGCUGGCUUUGGCCAAACCAGCAAAGUUUGUUCUGAUCAAAAUCAAGGGCUUGAAAGUACCUUUCCAGAGCAUCCAGCAAAGGACGGAAGAAGCAAGGUGCUCCCUCUCCCUGAAGCAGCCUUGGAGGACACUGGCAGAGAGUCCAGGACCAGGGAUAAAAAGGGGAAAUAUAAGCAGAAACCAUAUGAGCAUCCUGUCAAACUGGAAAGCAAAGGGGCUGGAACAGAGGCUUCCAGUUCAGGCACGGAGGGUGACAAAGCCCAAGAAACCGCCGCUGAGGAUAAGGUGACAGGAAAACCACUUUCCCUGGAUUGUAGAGUUAAACAGGACGCUGAGGUAGGAAGGGACCAUGUGCACAUGCCCACGUUGGCAGAGAAGGAUGACAAAGAAAUAAGUAUUGCGGACAAAAGGCAGAGCGAGUGCACUUCCUUGGAUCAUGUAGUGCAGGAGGCAGACCCAAAAAAUGAAAUGGUUCUUCCAGGUGCCAAAGUGACGGACAAAGCGGGAGGAACUGGCUUUGUUGUUGAGAAGGGUGUUGGGUCUGUGGCUCCCGAGCGGCCGAUGCUGUGGGAAAACAAAGCGGAAGCGGUUGCGCUCCAUGUUUUAGCUGCAGCCUUGGUAGAGAACAAAGCUGAAGGAACUGGGCUGAGUGAGCCAAGCUUCCCCGAGAGCUCUCGUGGGUCAGGAAACGAGGCAGAGGUAGCCGACGCUGCCCACGCAGCUGGGAGAGGUGCCCCGCCAGAAGACAUCAGUCCUGUUGAUGCAGUGAAGGGCCAUUGUGAAACCCCCCAGGAGGUUGGUGCGGCUGAGUCGGAAGUUGGCCUGAAGGACGUCCAAGCCUUGAAACCUGAAAAGGAUAAGCAUGCAGACUUGAUGCAGAAAAAAGUAGCUGGAUCUGGACAAAAAGUGGUGAAAGAGAAAAAGAAAGAAGAGAAAGUCAAAGCUACAGAACAGAUUAAAGGCUACAUGAGACCCACAAAAUCGAGAGGACUUCCAGCUCCACCACCCAGGCCUGCUGUGCAAGACCGAGAGAAGCAAAGGCAGCUGAAAACCAAUGGUAUGAACUGGCAACGGCACGAAAGAGCAAAACCAGAAGAGAUCAAAUCAGUGGAGGCUGUGACAGGGAGUGACAUCACAGCUCCUCCAAACAAAGAGCUUCCCCCAAGUCCUGAGAAGAAGACCAAGCCUUCAGCAUCCACACCGUCAGCAAAGCCCGCCGCAGAAAAGGCCAGGCCUCUGUCUGCUACCAGCCCCAAGCGGCCAGCUUCCACUACGCCUGGCCAAAACAAAAAAUCCACUAGUCCUACCACAGGCCCUGCUGCGGCCACUCCCAAACGCCCGGCCACCGGUACCCCGCGGCCCUCCGCUUUAACUGCAAAAGACACUAAACCAAAGGUAGCGGAGGCAAAGAGCACAGAAAAGCGGACCUCACUGUCAAAGCCAGCAUCUGCUACAACACCUCGAACUAGCGUGAAGAGCACCCCUGCCACACCCAGGACAACUGCAGCCUCACCAGUUACAACCACAUCUAGCAUGAAAAAUACUUCUGCUUCCCCACCCAAGAGGCCAACGUCUAUCAAGACUGAAACCAAGCCUGCAGAUGCCAAGAAGACCCCUGUGAAAUCACCAUCAGCUGACUUGAGCCGCCCAAGGAGUACUCCUGGAAACUCGCUGAAGAGUAGCACCACAACCUCUACUGCUACCACCCCUACUACUACUAUGACUUCACCUGGAGUUGCCACCAGUCGCCCCAAACCCAAGCCAGCUGCCACCAGACCCGCCACAGCCUCUAGUGCAAAUGCAGAUGCUAAAAAACCAUUGGCAGCCAAAGCUCCGCUGAAAACCAGCACCACAUCCAAGCCAUCUCGCCCAACCAGCAGUGUUUCUGCCCCAGACCUGAAGAACGUACGCUCCAAAAUUGGAUCCACAGAUAACAUUAAGCAUCAGCCUGGGGGAGGAAAGGGGAAAGUAGAGAAAAAACCUGAAUCAGCCGGUGCCGCACGAAAGCCUGAGUCCAAUGCAGUCUCUAAAAUGGCUACUACUAAAACAGCCGUCACAAAAGAGAGUGCACAAAAACAGCCCAAUGGGAAAGUCCAGAUAGUCUCCAAAAAAGCGAACUACAGCCAUGUCCAGUCCAAGUGUGGUUCCAAGGACAAUAUUAAGCAUGUCCCUGGAGGUGGGAAUGUGCAGAUCCAGACCAAGAAAGUUGACCUUUCCAAAGUGUCUUCCAAGUGUGGCUCCAAAACGACUAUCAAGCACAAGCCAGGGGGAGGAGACAUCAAGAUCGAGAACCAGAAGCUGAACUCCAAGGAGAAAGCGCAGGCGAAGGUGGGCUCCGUGGACAGUGUGGGGCAAACCCCCACUGAAGGCCCAGUGAAGACCGAGGAGAGCAAAGAGGCAGCGCUGCCAGCUGCGGCCCCCCUGGACGGAGCAGCGGCUGUACCCCAGGCGGGCGGCAACACGCAGGAGAACGGAGUGGGGCCGGCUGUGCCCGCGGCCGCGGGCGGUGGUGACCAAAGGGACAGUCAGAGCUUCGACACUCAGAUACAAGAAACAAAUUGACCCCCACCAGCUGACGUUCCGUGAGAAGGCCACGGCUCGCACAGACCACGGAGCGGACACCGUCGUCGCCAACCCCCAACCCCCCCAGCAGCGCCGCCGCCUCGUCACCACUGCACCAGCCGGCUCCCCUUGCAGAAGACCUUUCUGCAGCGCUUUCUCAGCAAGGCUUGUGACUCCCCCAGUCUCCCCCCACCGCACCCCCAGGGGGACUCAGCUUGGCCCCCUUAACCCGGCGCCUGGCUCUAGAGGAGAAGGGCACCGCACGCGAGAAGGGCUACUUCCUUUCAGGGAGGCUGCCUCGGUUUCCAUCGCCCUGACAGCUGCCCCCUGUCCCGCGCCACCCUCUCCUCUCUUCACCUGACGUCCUUGCACUGGGGCGGCUCUCAGGGCGAGCUCGAGGGUCAGGCUUCUGCCUUCAGGACAGGGGGCCGGGGAUCUGUCAGCCGAAGGGGUGUUUAAGCCAGCCCUGGGUCGGGGGGCCAUUGAGCCUUGCUCCGUCGCUGCCUGCGGGCCAAAGCCAGGCUGGAGUUAAUGGGGAAAAGCUGUGACCUUCCUCUUUUUUCUUUUUUUUGUUGUUGUUAUUUUUUUUGUCCCCCUUGCUGCUUGGGUUUCUGCUAUUCCUAUUGAAUGACGGUAUAGAUCACACACACACACACGUACAUACACAUGCUAGGCUGUUGACUUUCACCUUUUACUCUUUUCGUGACAGUGUUGAUGAUUUCUCAAGCUGCUGACCCAUGCUAUGUCCCUUCCCUCCCGCUCUGAUUCUGUCUCGCUCUCUUUCCCCUUCUUCCCCUAACCAUAGGAGAGUAAAGACAUUAACCGCUGCUGCAGUGCUGGCUUCUUACCGACAUAUCCAGCCUUUGUAACUGGGUUUCUUUUUUUCUUUAUCGUUGAGAUUUUUGUUCGUUUGUUUUUAAUAUUUUAAAGUAACGGAGCAAAUUCAUGGGAAUAAGCCAUGUCUGAAGGGAAGGGCAUGAGAACGAGCUAGCGGGAAAUCUCUUGCCGCAGCCGUUCCACCAGGCCCCACGCUGACUUUGCAGGGAGCCGGGGUGCAAGCACCUGGCGCACCCCCACGGGCUGUGUUGCCAGCUCCGGUGGGUGCUCCAGCACCUGCCCGUGCAGCAGCUCCCACGAGGUCAGCGAGGGGGAAGGCGGUUUAUUUAUGAACUCGGAUAACCACCGCCCUGCUCGCUGGCCGGAGGCUGGUGGCUGGGAGAGACGCGAGGCUGCUUGCACAAGGGUGCUGCGGGGUAGCGCGGGCUACGUGUUGAGGCAAGGGAAAGGUUGGCAACGGUGGGCCGGGUGACCUGAUCACCUGGCUGGGACGAGACCUGGCGGGAGAACGGAGGAGCCGCCUCCUGUCCAGAAGAGCAGAAAAGUGGGGAGCAGAAAGUCUGCAGAGGGCUGGGGGGCUGAGCCUUGUUGCGGCGCGGGUCGGCAGGCGGUGGGGCAACGGCCCUUGCUCUCGAGGGUUCUGGGUUGUGGGCCGAGCUCCUUGUUUUACGUUGCGAACGACACUAAAGAAACGAACUGUAAAUAAGCCUCAUGCGCUCAAGUCCAACUAACACAAAGCAGCAAGCAGAUAACGAAACACUGGGAUCAAAGGUAGCUGGAGGCAGACUUCCACCGGGGGCCGGCCUGGCUGGGCUGGGUGGGACUGGGGGUCCGCGAGGCAGUGGUGGCGGCAUCCCCGCCUGGUGGGAAUACUUGUUUGGGAAGCUGCCGCCGGCGCGACUGCCCAGAGCCUGUAUUUACACACAAAGACUCUUAUUGCACUUGUAUUUUUAUAUUAAAGUUUGCAUGAUUUCUAAUAAAACGGCAUUAAAGUGUGCUAGUUGGCAUCCAAA